AUGUCAACGCCAGCGCGUGCCGAGAUCCAUGCAUUGUAUAGAAAUUACCUUCGGCUUGUGAGAGACUGGCCGGCAGAUAAAGUGCGACCACGGAGAGAUAUGAAGCAAAUGUUGGCACAACGAGUAGAAGAAACCUUUCGACGACCACUUGAAAACGAACACGAACCUUUUGAUAUUAAGGAUGCUCAGCAACAACUUGUAGCUCUUGAAAAAUUACUCAACAAUGACUUUAAGAACAAGUAUCCCCUUUCUGACACGAUCCUCUCGCCUGCAAGCAAUCCCAACUAUUACUCACGUCUUCUUAAUUCUUUGGGCACAAAGAAUUCGCCUUUCAAGCUCUUUGGAAAGAAAUAG